CCAGGCAUACAGACACCAUGCAUUUCUUACUGCUAUUUGGAGCCCUAUUGAUGGGCCUGAGGCUGGCACUUAUGGCCCCACCCUGGAAAACUCCAAAAGAACCCAUGACCAUUGCAGUCAUUACCAGUGGGGAUCCCUGUUACUUCCCCUUCCAGUAUCGAGGCCAGCUGUACCAUAAAUGUAUCAAGAGAGGCCGUCCAGGGCCCCAUGCCUGGUGUGCAACCACCAACAACUAUGAUCGGGAUCAGCAGUGGGUCUAUUGCUUGGAGUUCAAGAAAGUGAAAGAUCACUGCAAGCAUUAUCCAUGCCGGGAGGGAGGGACCUGCAUCAACACUUUUCGUGGAGCCCACUGCCUCUGUGCCCCCCACCUCACUGGGCAGCACUGCCAAAAAGAGAAGUGCUACGAGCCUCAGCUUAGGCAGUUCUUCGAUGAGAACGAGACAUGGCUUCGUGCGGAGCCACAGAGAGUGGCCAAGUGCUGGUGUAAGGGCCCCACUGCUGACUGCAAGUGGCUGCCAAACAGCCAGGUCUGCUUGGAUAACCCUUGUCUCCACGGAGGGAAGUGCUUGGAGGCAGAGGGCCAGUCUGUCUGCCAUUGUCCUCCAAGCUAUGCAGGACACUUUUGUGAAAUAGACACCAGUGCAAAAUGUUAUAAUGGUCCAGGACUCACCUAUCGGGGCACAGCCCAGACCACAUUGUCAGGAAAGCAAUGCCAACCUUGGUCCUCAGAGGCUACGUUCCAGGAUCUAUCCAAAGAACAGGUGCUGACCAGGGGUUUGGGUCAUCACCCCUACUGUAGGAACCCGGAUAAUGACACUAGACCCUGGUGCUAUGUUCUCUCUGGGAUUCAGAUGAGCUGGGAGUACUGUAGUCUGGCCGUAUGCCAGCAUCCAACUCAGAAUCCAGCCAUCGAAUCACAGCACCCAACUACUCCUGCUCCAUCAUCUUUCACAGCAUUGUCUGGGGAGAGCCUGGCCUCUCAGCCUCCUCAGUGGAAGGUUAACUCGGUAGCAUGUGGCCAACGACAAAAGAAGAGGCUCUCUGGGCUGAAUCGCGUUGUGGGAGGGCUGGUGGCUUUACCAGGGGCACACCCCUACAUAGCAGCGCUUUACCUGGACCAGAAAUUUUGCGCUGGCAGCCUCUUUAGCGCCUGCUGGGUUCUCACGGCAGCGCACUGCUUGGAGAGCAGGCCUGCCCCAGAACUGCUGAAAGUGGUCCUGGGCCAACAACGAUUCAACGAGAGUUGUCCGCAGUGCCAAGAGUUCUCGGUGCGCGAAUACCGGCUGCACGAGGGCUUCCGGGCCGACACGUUCCAGCAUGACAUUGCGCUUGUGCGGCUGCAGGAGACAAAGGACGGCGGUUGCGCGCGGUUCUCGCCUUUUGUUCAGCCGGUGUGCCUCCCCGAGUCUCCGGAGCCUCCGGGUGAAGCCUUGAGCUGCCAGGUCGCCGGCUGGGGUCACCAAUAUGAAGAGGCCGAGGACUACUCCAGUUACCUGCAGGAAGCCCAGGUGCCGAUCAUUCCACACGAUCGCUGCUCAGCCCAAGAUAUACAUGGGCAAACUGUCACCCAAGACAUGCUGUGCGCCGGUUUCUUGGAAGGGGGCACAGAUGCCUGCCAGGGUGACUCCGGGGGACCACUCGUGUGCGAAGAGAAGGCGGGUCAGCUCACUCUGCGCGGAGUGGUAAGCUGGGGCGUAGGCUGUGGGAAGCGAAACAGACCUGGAGUCUACGCCAACGUAGCCAGUUACCUCGGAUGGAUCCAGGAGCACACAGUCUCCUGACGCAUCUUGGGCUUCACUUUCCCUGGCUUGGACAUUCAGGGGGCGUCAUCAUGGGGCGGGCCCAGAAUAAAAAAUGUGAGACGGA